CAUGCGCCGGGGACUCGACACGUGAUCCGCUCACCACAAUCCAGUAUGGCGGAAUCCGUCGGUGAGUGGAUCCGUCGUUGGCGCGCUCUCCAACGGGAAUAAAGUCCGGAGCGUUGCGUCCGAUCGCGGCGGAGCUGCGGAGAGUUCAGUCUUAUCAAGCGAAGAGGAACCGACACGCAGAGUUGGAUUACGGCCAGAGGGGGCGCUAUGAGCCUCUAAGAUCGUCCUAUCUUUCCUGUCCCGUGUCUCUUUUGACUCGUCUUCCCAUUUGACAGUGGAUGGUGACCAGCCAACAAGCCCCAGAGGAGCCGUGAGGUGUUUCUCACCUCCUCAUCUGCCAGGACACACUCCUCUCAUUAUCAAGCCAGUCACUUCAAAGAAAGUUGCCACAAUGAGUUCCCACAGCCGCCCAGAUGGACUUCCCACUAAAGAACAGCCACUGGAACUUCUGAAGCCAUCUGGACUCAACCACAUUCCUCCUGUUGAUGUGAGCGCGGCGCUGCCACUGCAAGUGCCGCCUUCUGCCAUCCCCAUGGACCUGCGCGUGGAUCACCAGUUCGCCCUGGCGCCGUCGGACCCGGCCCAGCGCGAGCAGCAGCUGCAGCAGGAGCUUCUGGCCCUCAAGCAGAAACAGCAGAUACAGAGGCAGCUCCUGAUCGCCGAGUUUCAGCGGCAGCACGAGCAGCUCUCGCGCCAGCACGAAGCGCAGCUGCAGGAGCAUGUCAAGCAUCAGCAAGACCUGCUGGCCUUGAAACAUCAGCAGGAGCUCCUGGAACACCAGCGGAAGUUGGAGCGCCAUCGUCAGGAACAGGAGCUGGAGAAACAGCAGCGGGAACAGAAGCUCCAGUUACUUAAAAACAAAGAACGCGGCCAAGAGAGCGCUGUGGCGAGCACUGAGGUGAAGAUGAGGUUGCAGGAGUUUGUCCUCAACAAGAAGAAAGCGCUGGCACAGAGAAGCCUCAACCACUGCCUGCCAAAUGACCCGCGCUACUGGUACGGGAAAACCCAGCACAGCUCCCUGGACCAGAGCUCACCGCCUCAGACAGGGAUUUCCACUUACAACCACCCGGUGCUGGGAAUGUACGACCCCAAAGAUGACUUCCCGCUCCGCAAGACAGCAUCUGAGCCCAACCUGAAGCUGCGAUCGAGGCUGAAGCAGAAAGUUACGGAGCGCAGGAGUAGCCCGUUGCUUCGGAGGAAGGAUGGGCCAAUCACCACUGCAAAGAAGCGCUCUCUGGACAUGGCAGAAUCGGCAUGCAGCAGUGCUCCUGGUUCUGGUCCGAGUUCACCCAACAACAGCUCAAACAACAUUACAAAUGAGAACGGCAUCGCCGGAUCAAUCUCCAACAGUCAAGUAGAGCCAUCUUUGGCGCACAGACUCACGGGCAGAGAGGGUCCUGUUAGCCAGCUGUCUCUGUACACAUCGCCCUCCCUUCCCAACAUCACCCUGGGCCUGCCAGCCACCGGCCCUUCCAGCGUGGCAUCCGGCCAGCAGGAUGGUGACAGGAUGGCAGUGCCAGGCUUGCAGCCAGGAAUACCCAUAACCACUCCGUUCAUGCCAGGAGCCCACCUGCCUUCUUACCUGGCCGCCUCCACCUUAGAGCGGGAGGGCGGCUCGGCACACAACACUCUCCUGCAGCAUAUGGUGCUUCUGGAGCAGUCGGCCGCACAGAACUCCCUGGUCGCAGGCCUGGGGGGCGUGUCCAUGCAGUCCCAUCCCAUCCACAAGCUCCGGCAGCAUCGGCCCCUCGGACGCACGCAGUCGGCCCCCCUACCCCAGAACGCCCAGGCGCUGCAGCAGCUGGUGGUUCAACAGCAACACCAGCAGUUCCUGGAAAAACACAAGCAACAGUUCCAACAGCAGCAGCUUCACAUCAGCAAGAUGAUUGCUAAGCCGAACGAGCCUGGCCGACAGCACGAGAGCCACCCAGAGGAGACGGAGGAGGAGCUACGGGAGCACCAGGGGCUGGGCGACUCCACGGAGGGUCUUCCUCACGGAGUCACUAUCAAACAGGAACCUCCGGAUGAACAGGAUGAAGAGUUCCAGCAGAGAGAGAGGCAAGCCGAGGAAGAGCUGCUUUUUAGACAGCAAGCUCUCUUGUUGGAGCAACAGAGGAUCCAUCAGUUGAGGAACUAUCAGGCGUCUAUGGAGGCGGCCGGGCUGUCUGUGACCUUCCCAGGCCAUCGGCCCCUAUCCAGAGCACAAUCGUCCCCGGCCUCUGCGACCUUUCCCAUUGUUGUGCAAGAACCUCCUGCCAAACCACGCUUUACCACUGGUCUGGUGUACGACACCCUGAUGCAGAAACACCAGUGCAUGUGUGGAAACAGCAACAUCCAUCCCGAACACGCCGGGCGCAUCCAGAGCAUCUGGUCGCGACUGCAGGAGACGGGACUGCGCGGCCAGUGUGAGUGUAUUCGAGGCAGAAAAGCCACUCUGGAGGAGCUACAGACUGUCCACUCUGAGGCUCAUGUGCUGCUUUACGGAACCAACCCUCUUAGACAGAAACUGGACAGCUCAGUGACACCCAUGUUCGUGAGACUGCCGUGCGGAGGAAUCGGGGUUGACAGUGACACUAUCUGGAAUGAAGUUCAUUCGUCCAGUGCUGCUCGUCUGGCUGUGGGAUCUGUAGUGGAUUUGGUGUUUAAAGUGGCUUCAGGAGAGCUGAGGAACGGCUUUGCUGUGGUACGACCUCCAGGACACCACGCUGAGGAGAGCACUCCCAUGGGAUUUUGCUAUUUCAACUCGGUCGCCAUUGCAGCCAAACUCCUGCAGCAGAGACUCAACGUCAGUAAGAUUCUCAUUGUUGACUGGGAUGUUCACCAUGGAAAUGGGACUCAACAGGCCUUCUACAGUGACCCUAAUGUCCUGUAUGUGUCUCUCCAUCGCUACGAUGAUGGGAACUUCUUCCCUGGCAGUGGAGCCCCUGAUGAGGUGGGCAUCGGUCCAGGCGUGGGCUUUAAUGUGAACAUGGCCUUCACCGGAGGUCUGGAGCCACCCAUGGGGGACGCAGACUAUCUGGCGGCAUUCAGGACGGUGGUGAUGCCAAUUGCGAACGAGUUUGCUCCAGACGUGGUGCUGGUUUCUUCAGGCUUCGACGCUGUGGAGGGGCAUGCGCCACCUCUGGGAGGAUACAAGCUCACGGCCAAAUGUUUUGGCUACCUGACCAAGCAGCUGAUGGGACUGGCCGGCGGCCGGCUGGUGCUCGCGCUGGAGGGGGGUCACGACCUCACCGCCAUUUGCGAUGCCUCCGAAGCAUGUGUUUCUGCUUUGCUUGGAAACGAGUUGGAUCCUAUUCCUGAUGACGUGCUACAACAGAGGCCGAACGCCAACGCCAUUCACUCCAUGGAGAAAGUUCUGGAAAUCCAGAGUAAAUACUGGCGCUCGCUGCAGAGAUCUGCCUCGACUCUGGGAUACUCACUGCUGGAGGCCCAGAGAUGUGAAACUGAAGAGGCAGAGACGGUGACCGCUAUGGCCUCCCUGUCUGUGGCCAACAAGCACAUGGGAAAAAGGACAGAGGAGGAGCCUAUGGAAGAGGAACCUCCAUUGUAGAAGGUCCGCUCGACUGCCUUGGUGACCCUCUCGGCUCAGAGCCUCUUCAGGGCCUCUGACGCCGCUCUGCUCUCUCCAUCCGUUUCAUUUUUUGUCCCACAAUGUGCGCGCUUUGAGCACGGGAUCCGAAACGGCCUGAGGAAAUCUCCGUGACACCCAGAGUGCGACAAACGUCUCAGCCGUGUUAGUCUGUCUCUGUCCGUGGCAGAACGUCCGGGAUUGCGUAACCCGGUCUGUCCGCAGGGACGCUUAACUUUCGAGCAGGACAUAAGACUCACGUUUCAUCGUUAGAUGUGAGAGCUGGUGCUUUCGACAUGAACUUUUUUUCCAUUAUUUUCCAGAGCCACUAUAUGACUGAUUUCGGCCGUUACGGCCGCUACCCUUUUUUAUUUGUCGUCGUCUCUCUCUAUUCGUUUGUCUGUCUUUCUUUUAUUCUUGGAGAGGAAAGUGACUCGCUCCAUUCGCAAUUCGAGUUACUGCUUCACGAGGGUGGAUCGGGAGAGAGAUCAAAGGAUUCCGGACAAGAGAAUCGACAAUGCGAGUUUGUGCCUUUUUCAAAAGAGUUUCCGUGAUGGAUCUGAGAAGAACAUUGCCUUAAACUAGUUACAGGAGGGAAGACGUUUCACGUCUCACUUUUUUUCUUGACGGUCAAAGGCUGGCCUGAAGAAUCGAGAAACCCUCAGCAUGUUUACCAGGAACUCCCUGCAGAUAUCUUCAUGUUUCACACGCAUUUUAUGUUCCUUCAUUUUUGCUGUGCUUGUGUUGGACGUUACAUGACUUUUAAGUGUCACUGACAAACGAACUUUAAGGUAGUUGCCAGUUAAUCCAAGGGCAAAACGUUCAGUCGAAUUCUCCAGCGCUUUAAAAGGCAAGCCAAUGUAGCGACUCGUUUCAACUCUCAAUGACCAAAUACGCACCUCCUCCUCCUCUGAAAAAGUUGACCAGCAUGCAGCUUUCCAUCUGCCAACCGUCGUAGUUUAACAGCACCGACUAGCAUGAGUUUGCUGCGAGCAUAUAGGAUAGGGCUGCGAUGACCGUGCGUCAUUCGAUUUGUAGUUCGAGACAAACUUUCUAUUUUUCCUUCUCUCGACACGUUGUACUUUUAUAUAGCUAUGAAUGUCUAGUAUUCCGGUUACUUUACAGUUAAUCAAAGGGCACUAGCAUAUCACUACUACUAUUAUCCUACUCAGCAGUCGGUCAAUUUCAUUGACGCCAAACGGAAAAGGGCUGGUUAACAAUUUUAAAUGUACCACUGAGCCUUCAGACGUGCCACCUGGUGAGAUUUAGCGCUGGUUUCCUGCCGAGGAGGGUUUCGGGCCUUUCGCUAGGGGCGGGUGCUACUGUCACAUGACACAAUCCAGGAAGUAGCGGGACCACCAGCUUCCACUCAGAAAAACAAUCGUAAAACGCCUCUGAGACGACUGUGAUACUCAGACAAUCUGCAUGGGACUUUGACGUAGUUUCGGAGCCGCCGCGGCGGCGGCGCUUCGAGGCGGCACAUAGAACUGUAUAUAUACGCAAAUAUGCAUGCUGACCGUAGAUCAUUUGGCUUGACUUUGAUUGUACAUUGAACUUUUUCGAUUCUGGACUGAUGAAGAGGCCGCAAUUUGUUUGACAACCCCUGACUUGUGUUUAGCCUCUCGGCAACUACCUUUGGCAUUUUUUUCUGUGUGUCAUGUUCGAUAUGAGACGCAUUACGGCGGGAGAUUUGACUCACCGUUGCCAUUGUUCCUCGACUUCGUUUUUAUAUAUGCCUGUCACGUAUGACUACUCCACUUUGGGUUCGUGCCCGUUAUUGUCCAUUUUACUUGCUCGUUUGUCUUUUUUUGUACUUUUUGGAUUAUUUACUUGUUCAUUUGUCAGUCUUUAUGUAGUUGACAAUGUGUUUUUACAUGCUUACGUCUUUAGUUCCUUGUUUUAGAGAGUAACAAGCCUUUUUUUGUAAGCGGUGGGAGGGAGAUGCUUUUACUUUGUAUAAUGAUUCCGACAAUUGUGUAUUUACUACGUUCUGUUCAUAGUAGAUUUAUAUUACAAAGAUCUAUAGAUAUAUUAUAUAUUAUUAAGAUUGCAGACUCGAUUAAGAAAACUAGUAUUGCAAAGUGAUAUAUUUCAGUACGUGGUCUGGCUCCGGCCGUCGCUGGUUUCACUGAAGGCACUGUUUAUUGGUUUCAUGCAUUCGCAUUUGCAGUAGCAUUACUCUGGCAUCGUAAACUCUUGAUCAAACGGACCUUCGUGGUUCCAGGCUUUCAGUUUGACAGAAACGAAAAUAUUAUGGACUGACACUGUACAUUUCCAUUGGUAAACGUCCAUUUGGAUAGACCAGCUAGAUGCUGACAUCACAGUGAUCCUUCUGUGUGAUACAUCCAAGAUGGAUUUCAUUUAUUUUAGAGUAUUUUUAAAUACUUUAACCACGUCCAGGUCAUAUUUCACCCGAAAAAAGGAAUUAAGAAAUUACAUUUCGCUUUAAGAAAAUGAGGACAACAAAAACGGGCUCAAAUAACGGAAAACGGGCUCAACCAAUGGUGAGUUUGGGGGCGUGGCUGUUUGUCUGUUCGACCAAUGGCAGACAGGGGGAGGUUCCAACAUAACUGUUUGAAAACAAUCAUUAUUUCGGAGGUGAAGAAAUUACACAUGCUUAAAAAAAAAAAGUGGUGUAGAAACAAUUAUCUAAUUGCUAGUAAACAAACGCAUUGAAUGCAAUUUUAAAGUAGAAAAACUGAAAUUGUAAAAUGUGCUCUACUAAUUUUCGUUUUAACUUUCAGUCAUGUUUACAGUGCACUUCAAGCUUUAAAUAUGAAAUAAUACAAAAAAAACUUACGCUAUUGAUUUUAAUCAUGUUAAUGAAAAUUGUAAGGGAAAAUGUGCAUAAUUAUCAUGAAAAUAAUUUCAUAUUACAAGCAAUCCUAAAAAUAAGCUUCAGUUUCUUUAUGCAAAAUAUAAUUUCUUAUUUAAGUCCUAUUGAUUUUGGGGUGAAUUGCAACCUUGAUGUGAUUUUGUGAGAUCAUUAGUGUUUAAUUUUGCGGUAAUGAUUGUAGCAUUACUCUGGUAUCGUAAACUCUUGAUCAAACGGACCUUCAUGGUUCUUAGUUUGACAGAGUGCUCUUGAAACUCUAAAACAAAAAUAUUAUGGACUGACACUGUAUAUUUCCAUUUGGAUAGACCAACUAGAUGCUGACAUCACAGUGAUCCUUCUGUGUGGUACAUCCAAGAUGGAUUGCACUUAUUUUAGUGUAUUUUUAAUUACUUUAACCUUGUCCAGGUCGUAUUUCACCCGAAAAAGGAACUGAGAUAUUACAUUUUGCUUUAAAAAAAAGAGGACAACAAAAACGGGCUCAAAUAACUGAAAACGGGCUCAGCCAAUGGUGUGAGUUUAGGGCGUGUCUGUCUGUUUGUUCAACUAAUGGCAGACAGAGGGAGAGGUUCCAACAUAACUGUUUAAAAAUUACUGUAAGAAAUUACUGUAAGGUAUAUUUGUACCAAUAGCCAAAAAUACAUGGUAUGGGUUGAAAUUAUUGAUUUUUAUUUUAUGACACAAAUCAUUAGGAUAUUAAGUCAAGAUCAUGCUCCAUGAAUAUAUUUUGUAAAUUUCCUACCAUAAAUAUAUUAAAAGUUAAGUUUUGAUUAGUAAUAUGCAUUGCUCCGUUUGGACAGCUUUAAAGGUGAUUUUCAAUUUUUAGAUUUUUUUGCACCCUCAGAUUCCAGAUUUUCAAAUCGUGUCUAGACAAAUAUUGUCCUAUCCUAAAAAAACAUAUGUAAAUGGAAAGAUUAUUUAUUCAGCUUUCAGAUGACGUAUAAAUCUCAAUUUUUAAAAAAUUUACCCUUAUGACUGGUUUCGUUGUCCAGGGUCACAAAUUGCUAGUAAACAAGUAACACAUUGAAAGAAAUUUGUUAAAAUUAAAGUAAAAAACCUUUUUAAUCUCCACACAGUAAUUUUUAUAGUGUACUUCAGAUUUAAAUAUGAAAUAAUACAAUUAUUUCAUUGAAAAAUCUUAUGCUAAUGAGAAUCUAAUGGGAUUUAACAAAAAACUAAACAGUGAAAUGUCUGUUUUAAUCAUGGUAAUGAAAAUUGUGAGGGAAAAUGUGCUUAUUAUCAUGAAAAUAAUUUCAUAAUGCAAGCAAUCCUAAAAAUAAGCUUCAGUUUCUUUAUGCAAAUGAUAAUUUCUAAAGUCCUUUUGAUUUUGGGGCGAAAUGCAACCUGGACGUGAUUUUGGACGUGAUCGUUAGCGUUUAAUUUUGCGGCAACGAUAUCGGCGAUCGUUCUCUGGUUUUUCUGUUUUGUAAAAUCUUGUUAUUCCUAUCAAGCAUGAUCAAUUUUGGGCAUUUUUGCAGUAUCAUAUCCAGACCAAGCCUGUCGAAUUUCAUCCGAAUUGCUUUCGAGAAUGAAUUGCGAAGGCCGACGCUGAUUUAAAAAGUGUCUUGGAAAUGUAAAGCGACAUUCCCAAAGAGUCUCAUAAUAUAGUAAUAGUCAAACGGACCAUCACUACAAACCACUUUGCAAUAAUACAAACGGCAGCCUAUCAAUACAGUCUUGUCAAAGGGACACUUCUAUUCCAGUCAUUUUCUUUGCUCUUGUUUUGUAUAAAAAACAAAAAACUGCAUUCCAUUUGUUUUCCUAUUUUUUUUUUUUUUUUUUUUUUAAAGCCUUUCUUGUCAUUCCUGCUAAUUUGCCAUGAGGUCUGGCCUGAGCUGUUGUUUAUUUGCAGGCCAGGGUGAAGUUUCUUUCAUUCUCUUUCCUUCACAGCUGUAGAUUUCUGCAUGGUUUGUGCGUCAGCAUGCCUCUGUCUGUCCUUGUAACAUAUUUGCACAAAGGAGGAACACGGGAGGGUUGAGGCUUUGGAGAACGCAUGGGAUGGAAGCUCUUCUUUCCUCCUCUGUUUCUGGUCAGUACACAGACGGAUUGAUGCUCUUGGUGUCCGACGGAUGUGCUUUUUACUUGUUUAAAAAUGGAAUGAAAGAAAAAUGACUUUUGAAUAUUUUACAACAACAGCAACAACAACAAGAAAGUUAUCUAGCACUUGUGACAUACAGACUAUAGACUUUAUUGUAUUUAUGUAGAGCAUUGUUUUAGGUGAACUACACACUAUGCCACAUGUUAAGACUGUCUGUGAGACUUCUUUUGCUUUCGUUUCUUUUCUCGUUUUUCUACUCUUCCUCGGGACGUGUUUUUCGGGGGCCGGAGGAAGACUAGGAAAAGAUUAGGGUCGUUCCUUUAGAAACAUCUGGAAUCAUCAAAGGGCUUUUUCCAGAUGCUUGUCAGAUAUAUCUUCAGUUUUGUCCAAAAGGAAAAAAAAAACACUUAUCAGCCAGUAAUACCUGUGACCACUGUGGCUCGAGAACAGUUCUAGGUUUACAAAAUGUAAGAAAUGCAUAUUAUUUUUGUCACUUUGUUUUUCCAUUGUUACAAUAGAACUUUUCUUGGGACCUUUGCUCUAACGUUUGUCUUUGACAUCAACUAUAAAGUUCCUUGUUUUUGAAUA